AUGGAAAAGGCUUCAUUUUGCGCUAGCCAACAUCGGCAGUCAGCCGGCACAAAAGGUACCGUGGAGGAAGACGAUGUAUACCCAAUCCACUUGCAAGAUUUCAAUUUUCGGAAACUCAUCAUGGUUUGCACGCUCCGAUUUGACCAUGUGCUUGACGCUUAUAAGCUGCAUACCGCCUUGGCACGGUUGUUGGAGAAGAGUGAUUGGCGGAAGCUUGGAGGACGAGUACGGUGUCGGUCCGACGGAAAAUUGGAAAUUCACGUACCGCAGAAGUUUUCCAUCGAGAGACCGCCGGUGAGAUUCUCGCACGACGACCUGACCGAUACACUUGUUGCGGAUCAUGAACUCGCCAGCAAGCUGCCAUUCCCAACAGAGGGCAUCAGUGUGCAGCCGAACCAGUACAACUUAAUCGAGCUGGGGGUCGCGCAAGAUGCACCAAAAACCUUUGAUCAGAUGAUGGACCGUGACGUGCCGCAAAUGUCUCUACACAUUGUCUCAUUCCAGGACGCAACACUCGUCAGUAUUGGCUGGCCACACUCAGUCAUGGGCGGACAGGGUUUCGGCGACUUCCUGCGCGCGUGGUCGCUCAUGGUGGAGGGCAGGGAGAGUGAAGUCCCGCGGCUUCUAGGCACGAAAGAGGAUGUGCUCUUGCAGGCCGAAAACAACGAUUUCGCUGCUCCGGAGGAGGAAUGGGUCGUUCAAAAAUGCCGUUUGAUUGGGAUGAACCUCGUAUUGUUUCUCCUGCGGUUUGUCUGGAGCCUGUUCUGGACCCCUCGGGAAGUGAAGACUGUCUUCCUCCCCAAAAAGGCACUAAACAAGCUACAGCUGGCAUGUCGCGAUGAGAUCUCCUCCGAUACGUCGCUGGAAGUGGUUGGCAGCGGGGACAGACCUUACGAAGACGAAUCGGUGCUUCUAGCAUACUUCGCGAGACUUGCCGCUUCCACAGUCUAUAGUCACAGGCCCAUCACCUUGGUCAACUUUCUGAAGGGUAGGCAGCUGCUGUCAUCGAUACGGCAAGAAAACGCCAGCGGAGUCAAUGUCCAAAAUAUGACUGGAUAUGCCUUUUCAUUCCUGACAGGCAAGGCUGCGAGUGGCAGCGGACUCGGUGUCCUGGUAAGGGAGAAUGCCCGCCACAUGCGCGAGCAGUCUACUGAACAACAAUAUCUGAGUUUUCUGCGAAUUUAUCGUCGCGCAACACAAAAUGGUGGCACAUUCAAACUCUUUUAUGGUCCACGAGAUGCACAUGUCAUUGUGUGUAAUAGCUUCCUCGAGGAGGACCUCCUAGGCACCGUCAACUUUGAGGCCGCGGCACUGACGGAGCACAGCACGUCGGGAGACACCCCGCCUGGAACUAUGACAUGUCAGCGUCGCCAGCCACAAGCCAAUCGUGGCUAUAGGGUUGAUCAAUACAAAGGAAAAUAUCCGGCGGCGUAUGAGCAAGCUUAG